AUGAAAAUAAAGGAGGGGGAGACGAAGUGGAGGAGGGAAGUGGACCUGGAGAAUGAAGUGGAGAGAAGAAGACUAUGGGGAGGUUGUGAAAGAGGAGAGGACUUUGGGGAAAAUGAGGAUCUUGAGGAGGAAUUAGGGAACUCAGGUGGUCCUCUUGUGAAUAUGGACGGCCAGGCGAUAGGCAUCAACACGCUGAAGCUUACGGAGGGAAUUUCAUUCGCCAUCCCUUCAAGUUACGCUUUCAGACUAAUAGAGAAAGCAGAGACCCUCAUCGCUAAAGAGACCGAGAGGCCGUCCUAUUUGCCCAACGGCAGGGAGAGCAACAAACGGCGUUAUAUGGGGAUCACGAUGCUGUCUCUCACGCCUCAGAUCAUACUGGAACUCAAG